AUGCAAACCAGGACCUCCCACUCGUCAUUUGUUCGACCCAACUUAUCUUGUACUUCAAUAGGGAAGCGAUAUGCGAGAACAGAUGAACUUGGGGUUCCUUUUGCCAUUACAGUGGAUUCAACAUCGUCGGUCACAGUCCGGGAAAGGGACAGCAAGCAGCAAAUUCGCGUGAAUGUGGAAGACGUGGCAGCUGUAAUUAAGGAGGUGACUGAUGGACUGAGCACUUGGGGUGAUGUUCUGUGGAAGUACCCUACUCACUCAUCGUGA